AUGCAACAAGCAGUCCAUACAGCAGCAAAAAUCAAUGCUCCUAUGGAGCAAUGGAAAGCACUCAAUGGCAUUAAUGCUGGUAUUUUCGAAGGUUUGACCUAUCGAGAAGUAGCUGAACGUUAUCCUCAAGAGUUUGCUGCUCGCGAUCGAUCAAAAUACUACUAUCGAUAUCCGGGAGGAGAAUCGUAUCAUGAUCUUGUUGCUCGACUUGAACCAGUGAUAAUGGAAUUGGAAAGAGCAGAAAAUGUACUUGUUAUUACUCAUCAAGCUGUAAUUCGUUGUAUUCUUGCUUAUUUUGUCGAUAUAGAUCCUGAACGUCUACCUUAUAUGAAAAUACCAUUGCAUACAGUAAUUAAAUUGACACCGAUGGCUUAUGAGUGUAUGAUGGAAUGCAUACCACUAUCGAUUGAAGUUAAUUGUGAACAUAAUCGAACAGUUGUAGCGGCACUUAAUGAAUUUCUUAACGUACGUUCGGAAAUCAAGGUGGAUUCAACGACAACCAAGGUCUUUUAUCAAAAUGCUGGUACAGCUUUUGAAACAACUGAUGCCAACCGAAAUCGCAUAUCACAUAUGAAUGGGGCGAUUGAUGAUGUUACGUUGAAUAAUAAUCUUUCACCGGAACAAGAUAACAAUAUCCAACAAUCACCAACAUCUAAUUGA